GUUAGUGACCGCUUAGCAGCCACUUCCCCCAAUCGUGCGAACCAAAUGAUAGAAAGAAAAAAAAAAAAAAAUUCAAGUGCAAAGCUGCGGCGAAAAGAAACUUAAGCAGCGCUGCAAACGCGACGACUUUUUUUUACGCCGCUCUACAUUUUCGAGAGGGGCACAUUAUCCCUGCCUGCACGCUGCCUCGGUGCAGCGGGUCGCCAUAAACCACAUGUUCCUUUUUAUUUACGUCACCCGUGGUGGGAACGAUGCAAAAAUGAGGUGAUAAGGAGGUAGGGAGGGGAAAUCCACUUGUCACCGCACACGCGCGAGUGUUGGCAACUCCUCAAAGGGGAGAGGCAACAAAGCGUAGGGGGGUGGAAAAAAAGGAGAGCAACGGGUUGCACGAGCUGAACCAACUGCAUGAAAGGUGUGAACGGUGUGAAUCGCGUGAACGGCGUAAACCGGGUGAACCCAGCAAACUGUGUAAACUGUGUAAACCGCUAACCCGCGUGAACCGCUAACCCGCUUAACCUGCACGAAGGCGCCGCGCCGCCCGAUCGACACGAGGAAGGAGGGCCACCAUGAUUUUACCCCUCUCGGCCGUGGCCCUUUUCGCCAUAUUUUCCGGCGCUCGCGGACUUUCGACGACCAGCCACCUCAAGCAUGUCGCGCCAGGUAGCAACAUCCGCACCAUCAGGCGCGCCAAGGUGCGCGGCGCCGCGCAGAGCUACGGGUACAACGCGAGCGGCUCGCUGGACGACAAAAUGGACCUCCUGCGGGAGAGGGUAAAAGCAAGAAACAGAGGGGAGCCGGAGUUCCUGCAGGCGUUUGAAGAAGUGCUGUCGUCUCUGAAGCCACUUUUCCAAAGAGACAGCGUAUACCUGGGUGUUUUAGAAAAUCUUGCCGAGCCAGAGAGGGUAAUUCAGUUUAGAGUCCCAUGGGUAGACGACAGAGGAGAGCACAGAAUGAAUAGAGGCUUCCGAAUUCAGUAUAGCUCCGUUUUGGGGCCCUACAAAGGAGGCCUCCGUUUCCACCCCACUGUAAAUUUAAGUAUUAUGAAGUUCCUAGGGUUUGAGCAAAUGUUUAAGAACAGCUUGACGACGCUACCUAUGGGUGGAGGGAAAGGUGGUUCUGAUUUUGAUCCCAAAGGGAAGUCCCCAAAUGAGAUCCUUUCAUUUUGCCAGUCCUUCAUGACCAAUCUGUUUAGGCACAUUGGGCCCAACACAGAUGUGCCUGCAGGAGAUAUCGGAGUGGGGGGAAGAGAGAUUGGCUACCUCUUCGGGCAAUACAAAAGGUUAAGCAACGCUUUCGAAGGAGUGUUAACUGGCAAGAAUGUCAAGUGGGGUGGAAGCAAUAUCAGGUCGGAAGCAACAGGGUAUGGGGCAGUCUACUUUGCAGAGAAUGCCCUAGCCAAAGUGAAUGAGCAGUUGAAAGACAAACGGUGUGUCGUCAGUGGAAGUGGGAACGUCGCGCAGUACCUGGUGGAGAUGCUCCUACGAAAAGGAGCCAUCGUCUUAACCAUGAGUGACAGCGAUGGGUACAUCAUUGAACCGAGUGGGUUCACCAAAGAACAGCUAGCUCAUGUGAUGGAAUUAAAAAAUGUGAAGAGGGGGAGACUUAGGGAGUAUGUCAAGUGGUCCUCUACUGCCAAAUACGUUGAGAAAGGGAAACCGUGGGAGGUACCUUGCGACCUGGCCUUCCCCUGUGCCACUCAGAAUGAGAUUAACCAGGAUGAUGCUGACCUGUUAAUAAAGAACCAGUGCAAAAUGGUCGUCGAGGGGGCCAAUAUGCCCACCCACAUUAACGCCUUGCGUUUGUUUAAGCAAAAGGGAGUUUUGGUUUGCCCCUCCAAAGCCGCCAACGCCGGGGGGGUGGCCGUCAGCGGACUCGAAAUGAGCCAGAACUCCAUGCGCAUGCAGUGGACCGCGGAGGAGACGGACCGCAAGCUGCAGGCCAUCAUGAGGAGCAUCUACGAGCAGUGCGACGGCGCCUCCAGGCGCUACCUCGGCGAGUCCGACCUCGUCGCGGGCGCCAACAUCGCGGGCUUCCUCAAGGUGGCCGACUCGUUCCUGGAGCAGGGCGGCCUGUGA